AUGGGAGCCUCCGAUGUGGGCGAAGAGCGCCGACUGCCUCCUCUUCCCCAGAUUUUGCCUCUUCCUUCUCCCGGUCCUUUCAACCCGUUCAACACAAAAGAUGCCCUAAUUCCCACCACCCCUAGACCUCAGGACACCUUCCAAUUCAAGUCACCUUGGGCGGCUGCCAAUCACAUCGUCGCUCCCCCUUCACCAGCCAACCCGGCCGAAAGUUCCUGA